UUUGCACACUGCAAAACGCUCUACCUCUUAAAGCUUAACAGAUCAGAGUUUGAGUUUGAGGGUGUGACUAUCAACACAAAUGCCUGGACUGAUGCUGGACAUUCUAUGAAUCAAAUCUAUGACAUCCUUUACAUGAUGGGGCGCGAUGAUAUCAUUGUUGGAGUUGGCAGUGAAGGUGGAAUACUAAAAGAUGGUACCAUUCUUCCUAAUGUUGGUGGAUAUCUUCCCAUAAUAGAACAGGGUGUUACAACCACUGGGGGAUGUAGAUAUAGACAAGUUGUCCCAGUAGGUAUUGGAGGUCAUCUGGAUGUUCAUACAAAUUUUGGCAUUAGAAAAGCUUUUCUUCCUCAGGGAAGCAGGAGAUAUAGACCUAUUAAACAACCAACUACUCAGCAAGUAAUGUAUGAGAAAAUAUCUGCAGGUCCUAUAACUGUUAUUGUUAUAGGAGCAUUUACAAACUUAGCCAUUUUCCUUAUGAGAAAUCCACAUUUGAAGAAAAAUGUGGAGCAUAUUUUUUUCAUGGGGGUUGGAGUGAGAUCAAAGAACCCAACAGCUAGAAAAGGAAAGCCAGACUUGUUCUGUUCUGCUUCUAGUUUUAUUGAUGUUGUUAUGUCUACCAUUUCUCUUGCUUCUGAUGCUUAG